AUGUCUCCAAAGCUCUUUGUUGUGUUCUACCGACCACGCUAUGGAAACUUCCUGCACUGGGCGUUGCAUAUAGAGAAGGGUCAAGAGCAUCACAUUCUCGAGGUUGAUGGCGAGCAUCCACAAUUCAAACGAAACACAUUUAUGGAGAAUCCGAGGGAAUCAAGCACGUUCUUACGCCAGUUCUUCAUUGCUGUGCUUGGAGAGGACGAUAUCGAGAGAGUGAAGAACGCUGCACAAAGCGUGCAUGUGGAUAACGAGACGGUUGAAUGGGAUUGUCAGGAUUAUGUGCUAGAAAUCCUUGAUAAGCUACAGGAGGAUUUAGUUUUAGACACGAAUGAUGAGGAUUAUAUUGAUGUGAGGGAGAUAUUGGCGGAGGAGAGAGGAGGAAUAGUUUGA